AAAAAAACUAUGGACUUUUCUUUUUUUAAUUUCAGGGAAGAAUCAAGCCCAUCUUUCGCAAAAAAUGAGUAGUGUCGUCACUUUUUUUUGCCAACUGAAUAAGGUAAUGAGGUUGAAGUUAUCUUUCGACCAUUUCAAUUUUCAAUUUCAACCAUUUCAGAAGGAGAAACUGAUUGAAAAAAACUUCGUAGUAUGGUAUUGAUGUAACUAGUCAACAGCUAAAAUCAAAAUUUUCAAUUUUUUCUCACAAUUUUUGGCGAAAAUUGAAAUUAAAAAUUCAUAACUUACAAAUUUCCGUGACUUAUUUCAAGUGCAAUCAAAAAGGUGAACUGAUGAAGUGUUUAUCUUUUUUAUCAGUUUCAUAUUUUUCUCGUUUAUCUAGUCGUUUUUAAAAAAUUUAAAAUUUUCAAAAUACUCCGAUUUGAAGAAAAAUUCUUGAAAAUUAUACCCUGUGAGUUUCUCUUGCUGUUCGUAAAAAAUGUUACACUCGCGUCUUUAAGCAAUGGCUGAGCAACUUAAAAUAUUAGUUUGUGGAGACGUAGAAGGCAAAUUCAAAAAAUUAUUUACCCGAGUGGAUAAUAUCACCAAGAAAUCUGGACCAUUCGAUUACCUAUUCUGUGUUGGAAACUUCUUUGGUUCAUCGGACGAAGAAUUUUCUCCUUACAAAUCCGGCGAAUUAAAAAGCCCGAUUUCUACGUAUGUAUUGGGUCCCAACGAUGCCACAUUCCUGAAGCACUAUCCCGAAGUCAAUGGUUGCGAAUUAGCUCACAAUAUUACCUACUUGGGUAAAAGAGGCGUUUUCAAUACAAAUUCUGGAUUAACAAUAGCAUACGUGAGUGGAGUAGAAAAUUCUAAACUCAGUAAAGAAUGCCAAAUCACCGAAGACGAUAUCGAUAGAGUUCGAACAGCGUGCAUUAAAAGCCAGCAAGCGACGUAUCGUGGAACUGAUAUUUUGUUAACAUCCCAGUGGCCUGCUGGUAUUACAGAUUUAGGCAAAAACUCUAUUAGUAAUCCUCCUAAAGGUUCUGUAUUGCUGGCAAAAUUAGCGUAUCAGAUCAAACCUAGAUAUCAUUUCUUCGCUUUGGAAAAACGUCAUUAUGAACGACCUCCAUACAAAAAUCAAAUCCCUGGAUUUGGAGAUCAUAUCACUCGACCUAUUGCAUUGGCCAAUGUUGCCAAUGAAAAUAAGGAGAAGUGGUUGUACGCGAUGAAUGUGAAGCCAUUAAAAUACAUGAGAGAUUACGAAUUGUAUCAGUUGACUACGGAUACGACAGAAUGUCCUUUUUCAUUCGAAGAUGAUGUCAAGCAUCAGCAAUAUUUUUAUGACAUGAAUUAUAGAGAUCGUGGUGAUAAAAACCGUAAACGUAAGAAUAGAAAUGAAGAAUUCGAGCUGCGUAAACAAAAAGUUAUGAACGUCAGUCAAGAUGAUUGCUGGUUUUGUUUGGCUAGUCCAAAAUUCGAAAAACAUCUGGUUGUUAGUAUAGGAGAGGAGUCUUAUCUGACUCUGGCAAAAGGAGGAUUAGUUGCUGAUCAUGUGAUGAUUUUACCUAUUGCUCAUUACCGAGUAUAUUCUGAAAUGCCCAAGUCACUACGUGAUGAAAUUGAACAAUUUAAAAAAUCAUUGACUCUUUACUGUAAAAGUCGCGGAAAAGUACCAGUUUUCUUUGAUCGUAAUUUCAAAACUCCUCAUUAUCAGAUGCAAGUAAUUCCGAUUCCAUCUAAAUUAACUGCAGCAGCGAGAGAUUUGUUCAUGGAUCUGGCUGAAGAAAAAGGUCUUUCUUUAACGGAAGUGCCAUCAACCGCCAAACUGGAAGAUAUUUCAACAUCGGAUAGUUCCUACUUUUACGUAGAAAUAGGAGAAUAUAGGCUAAUGCACAGUAUCAAAAAAUUCUUUCCCCUGCAAUUCGCACGAGAAGUACUAGCGAAUGAGAGAUUAUUGAAUUUACAAGACCGAAUCGAGUGGAGAAAUUGUCCCACAUCUAGAGAAGAAGAAGAAGAUAUUCUCAAAACAUUCAGAAAUGAUUUUUCGAGUUACGAUUUCACUGCGUAAAAACAAAUCGCAGAAUGUAAUGUACAAUUUUAUAAUGCAUUUUUGACAAUACAUAACAACAAACACGGUCA